CCCAGCAGGGUGGCGCUCCUCCCCAGCAGACCUUCCUGGACCCCUGCCUGUUUCCUGUGGGCCCUGUUUGGAUGAGCAUGACAAACAUGGACAGAAACAUGUAGACUACUUCCUGUGAGGCCAAACUGAGCCUGUGUGUUAAUUAAAGCCUUCAUCAGCCUCCUCCUCCUCACGUUUUGAGGACAGACAGAAAGACAUGCUGUGAUCUGAAACUGGUUUGAAGCACAUGAGAACAUGUGGAGGUACCUUUGGAGGUCAGAUGACAGAUACACUGGAUAAUAUUUCCCCAGAAAUCCAACCAAAGACAGGAAGCAGUGAAGCCGAUCUAUGGUGAACGUCAUCACUCAGGUGUUUGCAGGUGUUUGGUGGUCCUCUGUAGCAGAAAGCGGAUGUCCUGUGUGUGUGUCGAUCGAGUUCGUGAGCUGCAGUACAUCAACAGGUGAGAGAGACGGCGCGCGCUCAAAGGAAACGGAGAGGUGCGAAGGCGAGAGGAUGGAAGACGUGUGUGUUUCAGGUGUUUGCUGAGUCCCGUGCUGCGGAGUCCUCUGCUGUCCCCGCGGUCCUCGAUGAAGAUCCAUGAAGUGGUGACGUGACUCUGUGGCCGGUCGUGGUCACUGUGGACCCAAAGAGGCGACUGGACGUGCCUGACAGGAGAGUGUGACCGCAGACUCCGAGGUCAGGCUGAGACACGAUCCACCCACGCUGAGUCAGAGUCGAGCUGACAUCACCUGAGCUGCUGGAACAACAAUAGCAACCAGACUGAGAUGUCUGUAGCUUUACUCUGUCCAGUCAGGCUGUGAUGGGUCUAGAUUUAGACCUCAGAGAGCUCAGGUGUGUCAGGUGACACUUUGUACAGCUGUGAGUCAGAUUCCUGUCGACAGCACGUAUUAUAAUAUUUACUGAAACUAAACAGUAAAAUAAACGUUUCCAAAUUGACACUGCCUGUAGGGGGCGCCACAGCGGAUCAUCUGCCUCCAUCUUUUCAUCCACUCUGAUGCGAAUCCCUCUGUCGUCUCUGCAGCUCCGCCCAUCAUCAGUGCAUCCUCCCCUCCUCCCCCAUCCUCCCCCAUCCUCCCCUCUCCCUGAGGUCACCUCGCAGCCUGAGAGCGUUCACACCAAACCUAAAACUUUGUUAGAGUCAGUCAUUGGACAUUGAAGUUUACUGAGCACGAAGCAUCGGAUCAGUUUUCCUCACUGUGUGAAGGAAGUGUGGCAGAAGAGACAGGAACCCUGGAUCUGCUGCUGAUGUAGAGGUCCGUCCCAGGAAGCUCACAGGUAGAUGUUGUCAGCUGAGUGAAACCUCUCGCUGAACGAUCGGAUCGGUGAGGAGCGACAAGGCCUGUCUGUGUCAUGUUUCACUCUCAGGUUUGUCAUAGUUGCUGUGAUUUAAUAUGAAGGCGUGGUCUAAUCCCGGCUUGGAAUGUGCACGGCUCUGAAAGCUUUCCAGGUAUGAAGCGUACGAGCUCUGGACUCUGAGCAGCGUGUUUGCUCUGCAGGUGGUGAAUGCCUGAAGUGUCACGUCAUUUUUAAGCCUUUCUUUUCCUGCAGCACACCUGAAUCCGUCAGCCGAUCAGCUGACCGAAUCCGGCCCCGCAGCAUUCCUCGCCCACAUUUCCGAGGAUGUUAUGAGCAGGAUAAGCCGCUCCCGUCCUGCACACUCACCCAAACACGCCGCUGUGAAUCCCGUCAGCCUGCCGGGCUGCGGCACGAAAACGUCUUCCUGUUUAUUCCCACUGACACGCUGGUCAUCAGGCUGAAGCUCGGGCUGAGAAGGUGUGAACCUGCGCCGCACACCAACUCUGUGGAAUAAUAAACUGAAGUGAAAGCUUCGAGUGAGAGGCGCUUUCUGUCAGCUGUUCCUGCCCUUGGACCUGGAUGAUGUCACUGAGGAAGGACGAUGGGAUGGUGUGCGCUACGAGGUGAGUCCACCGUUCCUUCUCGGUUCCCCGGGUAUCCUGACGUCAGAGAUCAGGGCGGUCGGUUACCAGCCCGCUGACUGAACAUGGCUUUCUUGAUCCAGGCACGAGGGCGCUCACCUGAAAGUUGGCGGAAUCUGACCAAUCACAGUUAUGUUAGGAGAAGAAUAAAGUAUAAAACCAAGACGACUCAGAGAGAAUCUGAGUGAUCCCUGUGAGGAGGAGGAGGAGCAGGAGGAGGAGGACCCACAGCACUUUGUCUCCUGUGAGAGGGAAACUUCAGCCUCUGCUGCCUGAAGCUCUGCUGCAUGGACCCCACCGUGUUUCAUCAACAUGUCCUCUGAUUGGUCCUUCCCUUCAGUCUGAAGAUCUGUCAGCCAAUCAGUUUCUGUCUGGCAGACUUUGCUUCAGUGCGGCGGGGGAGAGGAGUGAGCGAGGACGCUGCAGCUGGGUGAGGAUCGGAGCUGAGGGGAUCGCAGCGUUUCGGGGUUAAAGCCGUCUCCAUCAUGGAGGUGCCCAGGAGGCUGUCCUUCCCACUGGUUCUCCCUAAACCAGCCUCGUCUGCUUGGUCUCCUCUGGGAGCUGCAGGUCAGACAGCUGGAAGCAGCAAAGAUCAAACUGGAGGGGAAAAGUUCAUCUCAGAGGAGAAGACGCCUGAGUCAGGGGUGAUUGUAGUGGUGGAGGCGCCACCUGAAGAUGGAAAAGCUGCUCGGCGAUUCUCCUCUCAGGACAGUUUCUCAGAGGAGAGCUCGUUAUCAGAGGAGAGGCUGGAAGAGGAGGCCAGAGAGACCCAGAGGAGGGCCGAGGAGGAGGAGGCAGCAGCCAAGGAGAGGGCGGCCCAGAGGCAACAACUGGCCAUCCAAGAGCUUGUGGAGUCUGAGAGGAGCUACCUGCGCCUGCUGCAGCUCAGCACCGUGACCAUCAGGAGCAACCUGCAGCAGCAGCUACAGCCGCCUCCAGCUGGACUGGACAGCAUGUUUCUGCACAUCGAGGAGGUGAUCGAUGUAUCGAGCCGUCUCCUGAGCCUGCUGGACCAGAAGCAGCUUCAGUCUGGAGAGCCUGACUUCCUGCAGAGUCUCUGUGACUCGUUUCUCAGCCUGUCAUCAGAGAUGGAAGCCGCCUAUAAGGAGUACCUGGCACACUACAAUCAUGUGACGGAGGUGGAGAAGAGCUACAAACAGAAGGAGGCUCUGUGGAACGAGGUUGUCAGAGUCAUCAAGGCUGCGGCGCCUGACGUCAACGCCACGUCGCUGAGCUUCUUUUUGGUGAUGCCCGUGCAGCGGAUUGCCCGCUACCCCCUGCUGCUGCAGACCAUCCAGAAGCACACCGACGCCUCCCACCCGGCCUACGCCCUGCUGGAGCAGACCGCUCACACCUCUGUCGCCUUAAACUGUCGUAUCAACGAAUACAAGCGCUUCCGGGAAGUCGCUGACAAAUACAGGAAGACGGAAAUGCUGACCAUCAAGGACAAGAUCGUCCGCCUCAACACCCACAGCAUUGCCAAGAAGACCGCCAGGCUCGGUCAGCAGAUCAAACACGAGGCCGGACUCAAACCUAAGCUGGUGGACGAGGAAUUUGAUGCCCUGGAAGGAUUCUUCUAUGUUUUGGAAAACGGCAUCCUGGAGCUGCUGGAGAACGUGGAGAUGUACCUGCAGCACCUCCAGGGCUUCCUGUCCUGCCGCACGGAGGACUUUGACUUGGACAUGGAUGGAGAAAAGGCACCGAUCUGCUACAAAGAGAUCACGACGGCGCUCCGACAGUGGAUCCUCCCGAUGUUUGAGAAGAGGAUGAGGAAGCUGAUCCACCAGCCGCUCUGCGCUCUCCGGGACCUCCUGGUGGGCCCGAGGAACCUAAUCAGGAAGAGACUCGACAAGCUGCUCGACUACGAGGUGAUCGAAGGAAAACCCAACUUGAGCUACGCGGAGCAGGCUGUGGCCAACACGUACAGGACGUUGAACACACUGCUCCUGACGGAGCUCCCUCAGUUUAACGGGCUGGCUCUGCAGAUGAUGUGGAGCACGUUGGGGACGUUCAGCUGUCUGCACAGAGAUCUCGCAGCAGACAUGGAGCAGCUGUUUCACAGCUUCGCUCAGCAGCUCCCUCACAGCAGCCUUUCUCCUGGUGCAUUCUGGGAGUGGGCAGAGUCUUCGGUGCUGGAAGGAGCGAGGAGGCUGCAGCAUUUAUGUCGAAUGGUGGAGGACAAGCUCAACGCGCCAGAUGCCCAGCCUCUCAGCCCGUCCUCUCAGCGCCGUCUGAAGCAGCUAACGGAUAAGCACGGCUCUGGAAAGAUCUUCCAGGUGAUGAGCACGGUCGUGGGCACCCGGGACCUGGACCUGAACUUGACUAAGGGCGAGCUGGUGGCAGUGAUCAGCGAGGCCGACAGCCGUGGAGACAGAAGGAGGUGGCUGGUCGAUGCAGGAGGGAAGCGAGGCUACGCUGCUGCCUCGAAACUCAUUCGCUAUCACCAGCCAACAGACGACCCGCCCCCUUCACCACACCCGAACCUGACAGAAGACGUGACCGCACGCAGAAGACACUCCUACAGCCCGGCGGGCAAUGCCCCACUGCCCAUGAGUCAGCCCUGCUUCCAGGUUGUGGGCGCCUACGACUUCACGGCUAGAUCCAAACACGAAGUAUCCUUCCGGGCCGGAGAACCCGUUCGUAUCCUGGAGCCUCACGACAAACGAGGGAGCCCCGAGUGGAGCCUGGUGGAGGUCAGAGGAGGUCAGAGAGGCUACGUGCCCUCCAACUACCUGGCAAUCAUGCCCGUGGGAGCGGGGCUGCCCCCGAACCCCGGCUUCUUCCUUUAGGGGGGGAAACUGCAGCUGGUGCAGAUGAGAGGAUGGAUGGAAGAGCCUCCCGGGAUCAGCUGUUUACAGUCUCAGCGUUAAUCCUGCCACUUUAUCCAGUUUACGAAUGGAAGUGUAAAGUUUCUCCUGUGGCGUUUCCUGCUUCCACUUCCUGUGCAGCGUGCACAGGAUCGAAGCUUCAGGAGCAGCAAAUGAAGUUUACUGACUUUAGCUUUAAUAAUGAAGGUUUACUGGUCUGCAGUGAUCUCUGCACUAACAUGCACAAUCAUCCAAGAACGCUCUUCAAACAUGGCGUCUGUAACGCCAUGAAGCUCUGACGGCGUGUCACCUCAAACAGCCUGAACAUUUGGACGAUGUUCGGUGCGGCGAGGACACAAAGCUGUUUUUAAGAUGAAGGACGAUUUUCAUGGCUGCUGUACGGUGAAGCGCUCAUUUCCCAUGAACCUCAGAGUGAUGCUGCAUACAUGCAGGGUGUGAGCUCUCUCAAGCUAACUGUAACGUGUGUGUGUGUGUGUGUGUGUGUGUGUGAGAACCCUCUUCACCUGCAGCAGCGCUGACAGGUACACGGCGCUCUCAUCAUCUCAGACUGAGUAAUGUGAUGUAAAUGUGAAACGUCUCCGAGGCCGAGGAAGAACAAGACUCAGCAGGAGGAGCAGCUGGGAGAGGGGCGAAGGACAGCGGCAGUUUCUGCUUUGCCUAUGAGCGGAUUUAAAUUUCGUUGUACUUUGAUUCCAGAGUUUUACGUAGGAGUGAAAUGGGUCAGGACAGAAUAACCUCCUCCUGCAUUCACAUUCACCUGACGAUGCUUGUUGCUAUGGAUACGGCUCAGUCAGUGCAGGUCACGUCUGUGGCAUUUGCUCGGCCGGACUAAAGCUGCAGCAGCAUUUCUUGAUUCCCGCACUUUUGGGUCAGAAUCAUUUGAAAGCAUCUCUGAGCCUCCUGAUUGGCUCUUAGGUCAUAAACAGGAAGCUGAGCUCCAGUAGUUUUGCAGCUAACAACAGCUUGAAUGUUUGAGCACCACAGACUCUCUCCUGGCCUCCUCCUGUGGGGCUGAGCAGCCUCAGCUGCUGUGAGCGUGGAGCAGAGGGAGGGAGGCCGAGAGUCAGAGCUGCUCAGCUGUUCCCAUCAGGCUGAAUGUCAGGAGGAGGAGGAGGAGGAUGCUUCUCUCCUAAAAUACCAGAUGUCCUCAGGGUUAGUCAGAUUGACUGAAACCUCAGCCUGAGAACAUUUACCUGAUUUCCCCUCCUCAGAGCCCGGUUUAGGAUGAGGGGAGCGGUUCAUUCCUUAGUUAUUUUGGGAAGUUUUAAUUCCACAGACGUGCAGAUGAAGCUGCAGCGUUCCUUAUUUGGAGGAAGUAGAUAUUUGAACCCAUACGCACACGGAAACCACAGAGGGAACAUUUCUGGUCAGCAUCUUCCUCACAUGCUGUUCUCAUUUUCACCACCAGAGGGAGGCAGAGACUCGGAGCGUGUGUGCAUGAUCAGACUAACUGUGUGUGUGUGUAUGCAUGUUUGGUAAUCGUGGCCACAGUGUGUACUUCCUGUUUUGUUUCUGUGUGGUUUCACGAACCUGCUGCUCAGUCGGUCCUGCUGAGUCAUUCUGUUUCCUCGAUGCUGCAGAGCUGCGUGACCUCUGCUGAGCUGCCACAGUUGUGAUAUUGAACUCAGUCACACAGCAGGUGGGAGGCUGAGCAGCAGCAGAGAGUGUGGCUUCAAUAAAACUAAACUCAAAA